AGCCGGGCGGCGGCGAUGCACCUGCUCCGGCCCAGCGGAGCAGGCGGCUUUCCGAAGAGUUCUGGCCCCCGCUCGCCCGCAGCCCUGCGCCCGCCGAGCCCCAACUUUGCCAGCUCCCCGAGGAGGCAGCAGCCAGCGCCUCGCGCCGCGGGGAGGGAGCCGCUCCCAAGCCCCUGUCCCCCCGCGCACGGGGCAGGCAGGAGAGUCCCAGCCCCUUCGCCCCGGGCGGUUCUUCGAAGCAUUGCUCAGUGUAGCUGGAGGUCACAAUCUAGCCAAGCUGCUGAAGCGUCACAUCACAUUAAAUCUGGAGCUGGCUUUAGUUUUGAGCUCAGUGAUGAACAGAAAGAGUUUCAAGCUACUGCUCGUAAAUUUGCUAGAGAGGAAAUCAUCCCUGUUGCUGCACAGUAUGACAAAACUGGAGAGUAUCCUGUUCCCCUUAUAAAACGUGCAUGGGAACUUGGUCUGAUGAAUUCACACAUACCAGAAAGUUGUGGUGGACUGGGCCUUGGCACUUUUGAAGCAUGCCUUAUUACAGAAGAACUAGCUUAUGGAUGUACAGGGGUCCAAACUGCUAUUGAAGGGAAUUCCUUGGGACAAAUGCCAGUCAUCAUUGCAGGAAAUGAGCAACAGCAGAAGAAAUAUUUGGGGAGAAUGACUGAGGAGCCAUUAAUGUGUGCCUACUGUGUAACAGAACCUGGAGCAGGCUCUGAUGUGGCAGGUAUAAAAACGAGAGCUGAGAAGAAAGGAGAUGAAUAUGUCAUAAAUGGUCAAAAGAUGUGGAUCACCAAUGGUGGCAAAGCUAACUGGUAUUUUCUGUUAGCUCGUUCCAAUCCUGAUCUGAAAGCCCCUGCCAGCAAAGCCUUUACUGGAUUUAUUGUGGAAGCAGACAGCCCUGGAAUCCAAAUUGGAAGAAAGGAGAUGAAUAUGGGUCAGCGCUGCUCAGAUACAAGAGGUAUUGUCUUUGAAGAUGUGAGAGUGCCCAAAGAAAAUGUUCUAAGUGCUGAGGGAGUUGGUUUUAAAAUUGCUAUGGGAGCUUUUGAUAAAACUAGACCUCCAGUAGCAGCAGGUGCUGUUGGGCUAGCACAGAGAGCAUUAGAUGAAGCUACGAGGUAUGCUUUGGAAAGAAAAACCUUUGGAAAACCAAUUAUAGAGCACCAAGCAGUGUCCUUCAUGUUGGCUGAAAUGGCAAUGAAAGUGGAACUAGCUAGACUGGCUUGCCAAAGGGCUGCGUGGGAGAUUGAUGUGGGUCGCAGAAAUACUUACUUCGCAUCCAUUGCCAAGGCAUUUGCUGGUGACAUUGCAAACCAACUAGCUUCAGAUGCAGUCCAGAUUUUUGGAGGAAAUGGGUUUAAUAGUGAAUAUCCUGUAGAAAAACUAAUGAGAGAUGCCAAAAUCUAUCAGGGAAGCAAAAUAAGAAAGAAAUGGGAGGCUUUCAUCUUUGAGUUUAUUCCUUGGUCUGGAUUGAGGAGCCAUUUUGUCAGUGUCCCUUGGGCAACUGUUUUUCCACAAGCAAGCAAUGGAUAAGACAACUGAUGUCUGUAAUCCCAGGCUCUGAAAUUAAUCUUCCAGUGAUGCUCUUGAGCUUUCUCUCAUGAUUAUUUGCCAGUCCAUGAAGUGUGUAACAUUAACUCUCUCAUCCAGAAAAUGGACAGCAUUCAUCUACAGCUGAUAGACAAGGUCUACAUCCUUCAGAAAAGUGUUACUUUGGUAGUGAGAUUAGUGUCUCGAGGCUUUUUUAAAAAGAGAAAUUCUGUCUUGUACUAUUCAAAAUACAUGUAAUGGUCCAGAUUCUCCCCUGUGGUGUGACUGCUUCAUAGCAUAGUAGUAUCCUCCAGCAGCACAAAAGCAGGUUUAGACUAAAGGGUAUGUGGCUGGGACUUUCCUGUGACCUCUGGCUGCUCAAACAGCCUUUCAGGUCCAUUGGUAGCUGAUGAGAGUUAGAGCAGCUUCUUAGCUUCUCUGACUCUCACCAGGGAACCAGCUCAAGAUAAGAGGAGCACAACUAUGGCUUUGCAUUCCCCAAGUUUAGCUGUGGCACACACAGCCAGCCAAGGAUUGGGGCCCAAAUCUUGUUCCAAUUCCAUAUGUGUGUGUUUCCUUUGCCAAUGAAUCUAUAAAUAGUGUUAUGGGACCAUCUAUUGGAAGGAAACAGGAAAGAGUUUUGAAAAUCCAGCCCAAUUACACAAGUCUCAGACAGAACAUCCUUCUUUACCUUCUCUACAGAAAAGCACAGUCCACUCAAGCUCUGUCCCAGUACCCUCUCUGGUCUCUGAGUGUACCCCUUCAGGUUCAGACAUCAUUCCUUUUACCUUUCCUGGACUGUAAUCCCACAAUUUUCCCACUCUUAGACUGGGCCCUGGGCUACUGUACCCUGUGAUGCCCUGUGUAUAAGCUAUGCUUACCCAGCAGGUCUGACUGGGUUUAACAGUUCUUCCCUUUGAGAGUCUGUGAUCAGUGAUGAAUAUUGUGACCAGACAGCUUGUUAAAGAACAGGUUUCAGAGUAGCAGCCGUGUUAGUCUGUAUCCACAAAAAGAACAGGAGUACUUGUAGCACCUUAGAAACUAACAAAUUUAUUUGAGCAUAAGCUUUUGUGGGUUAAAAACAAAGUAUUGUUUAUUUCUAACAGUAGGAACGAAGCAUAAAAGAAAAAAGAUUUUAAAACAAUCUACCCAUGUAUCUGAGUUACCUGAGAUAACAUCUUACCAUCCUCUGUUUAUAACCUAAGCAGACCAACCUUCAGACACCCCCAGCAGGUGCCUAUGUUGGUGUGGUUUUCCCCAAACAGCUCCCCAAUCUCUUUAUAAACUGAUACUGACCUUUUGAUCUUCUUGUGUUCCCAAGUCUUUUUCUGUCUAGCAUUGUCUCUUAACAACCACAAAGUGGCUACCAAACAGUGACUUAUUUUGAGUCAUUGUUUUCCUUUGUUUUUCCUGACAUCUCCCUUCCCCCAUUACUAACCCAGCAUAUUCAUACAGUAAACGUUGCC